AAGCUCUCUCCUUUUUUCUCUCUUCCCAUUUGUUCCCUCUUUUGUAGCUCCUCUCCUCUUCUCUCGUCCGCUCUCUUCCGGGGUUUGAUCGCCGGGAAAUUCUCGCCGUCCGAUCUGCCGGCGAUCUUUCCAGUCAUUUCGAUGGUCUGAUUACCGCCGGCUCAGAUCUAUGACAACAUUCCGUUAUCUCAUCCAGCUAGGAGAACCUAGGGUUUCUAUUCUGGGGGAGAGGAAAGCUAGGAUUCUUGCUUCGCCGCGUCGCCAUGUUUAAGAAAAUAAUGAAGGGAGGGCACCGGAAGCCCUCUAAAUCCGAGUCUAAUGAUCAGUCUAUGUAUGGGUUUGGUCCUCCGGGUCGGUCAGGUCCAGGGUCCAAUGUGGUUGUUAGCCAUGCCUCUCGUGGUGCCCCGGUUCCAUCCUCUCCCGGUCCUGUAGCCGCCACCCCACCACCUCCACCGAUGGGCUCUGUCGAACCCCUCCCGUUGUUCAGGGAUGUACCUGUUUCGGAGAGGCAACUCCUAUUCAUGAGGAAGCUGCAGAUUUGUUCUUUCCAAUUUGAGUUCACUGAUACGCUGAAGAAUGUGAGAGAGAAGGAGAUCAAAAGGCAAACUUUAUUGGAGCUCGUGGAUUUUAUUCAGUCUGGAUCGGGUAAGAUCACGGAAGCAUGCCAGGAAGAGAUGAUAAAGAUGAUUUCUCUCAAUGUAUUCCGGUGCCUUCCUCCGGCUUCUCACGAGAAUACGGGUCAAGAACCUGCAGAUCCGGAGGAAGAGGAGCCCUAUUUGGAACCCUCUUGGCCUCAUCUGCAGCUAGUGUAUGAGUUAUUACUGAGAUAUGUUGUUUCUUCUGAUACGGAUACGAAGGUGGCCAAACGGUAUAUUGACCAUUCUUUUGUGUUGAAGUUGCUUGACUUAUUUGAUUCUGAAGACCCGAGAGAGAGGGAGUACUUGAAAACGAUUCUUCAUAGGAUUUAUGGGAAGUUUAUGGUCCACAGGCCCUUUAUUAGGAAAGCAAUUAACAACAUAUUCUAUAGGUUUAUUUAUGAGACAGAGAGACACAGUGGGAUUGGGGAGCUGUUGGAGAUUCUGGGCAGUAUCAUAAACGGGUUUGCCUUGCCUAUGAAGGAGGAGCACAAACUAUUUUUGGUCAGGGCGUUGAUACCGCUGCAUAAGCCGAAACCCAUCUCUCUGUAUCAUCAGCAACUAUCUUACUGUAUCGUGCAGUUUGUGGAAAAAGAUUACAAGCUUGCGGACACAGUGAUCAGAGGAUUGUUAAAAUAUUGGCCCGUGACAAACUGCCAGAAGGAGGUUCUCUUCCUUGGAGAACUUGAAGAGGUUCUCGAGGCAACACAGCCUGUUGAGUUCCAGCGUUGCAUUGUUCCUCUAUUCCAACAGAUUGGUCGCUGCCUCAAUAGCUCUCACUUUCAGGUGGCGGAAAGAGCCCUGUUCUUGUGGAACAACGAGCACAUAGUGAAUCUCGUGGCACAGAACCAAAGGGUGAUACUGUCGAUAAUAUUCUCGGCCCUCGAGAAGAAUAUACGUUCGCAUUGGAACCAGGCGGUGCACGGUUUAACGGUCAAUGUGAAGAAGAUGUUCAUGGAAAUGGACGGAGAGCUGUUCGAGGAAUGCGAGCGGGAGUACGAAGAGAAGCAGGCUAAGUCCAAAGAUGUCGAAGAAGAACGUCUUCUCAAGUGGAGGAGAUUAGCUGAAGCAGCUGCCCAACGAGACUAGACAUUCAAUAAUAAUAUUAUGGAAAAAGAAAAGGUAUUCUUUCGCCCUUUUUUUUCUUUUAUUUAAUCUAUAUAACGUUUCUGAUUAUUGUUAUUAUUAUUGGUUUUCCUCGUUUCGUCUUUAAUCUUGGGGGGUCUAUAUCAUAUCUUUCCAAUUUCAAUGGCGUCGAUAUUUAUAUAUAUAUAUUUUUUUUGUGGGGUUAUUACAAAUGGGUUUGUGAGAUCUUUGUUGUUGUUUUUAAUUUUUGGGAAUUUUUAAAUCGGAUAUUAUUUGUUGUAGCUUGUAUGGUACGUGUCAUCUGAAAUCCAAAUUAGUUUAUUUCUGUAUA